GCGUUAUUUCCUAGGUUGCUGAGGCGGAGUCCGGAAGCGGACGGUCUAAGGCGCUUAGCUUUGGCGGCCGCGGCCUCUCGCCUCUAAGGCGUUUGGCCGGUCGCUUUGCAGUCGUUUCCGCCAUUCGGUCCCUGCGUCUCCUCGAGCCGUGACCAGUGAGGGCCUCCUCGGAACACUGCGCUGGCGUCGCUGGGCCGGAACAUGGCGAUGUCGGGCCUGGAUCAUCUCAAAAAUGGCUAUAGAAGAAGAUUUUGCCGACCUUCCAGGGCACCUGACAUUAACCCAGAGCAAGGCCACAACAUACUGGAAAUCUUACAAAACUGUUUUGAAGAAAAAAGUUUUGUCAAUGACUUUAGUACAGAUUCUACAAAAUCAGUGCUUUAUUCAACACCUAAAAUAGAAAACAUUUAUAUUCAGUCAUCAAGCCAAAAGUAUGCUCAGUGCCAGAAAUCCCAGCCCAAGUCAUUUCCAGUUUCUUCAAGGAAGAAAGAAGCUUCUCUGCAAUUCAUUGUAGAACCAAGUGAAGCUGCCAGCAGAUCAGUUCAAGGCCAAGAAGUUUGUCAGAAAGAUCUGGCAACUGAUGGUGGUUCUGAAAACACACCAGGCUCUAAAAGUAUGUCAGAUAGAAAACCAAAGGAUUCUCAAAGGGAACCAGAUGAAGAGUUUUAUUUAUCUAUUGGCUCGCCAUCUGCCCUUCUGGAUGCAGAAACAUCUGUUUUGCAAAAUGCUAUUCCAUCUAUUGCCCCAAAUAAAGAGACUUAUACUUUUGAAAAUUCAGUAAAUACACUAUCUUCAAGUGCAGAGAUUUCUCUUAAAACCAAAAAAAGGUUAAACUUUGAAGAUAAAGUUAUUUUGAAGGAAGUAGAAGUAGAGAGUAAAGUAGAACAGUAUAACAUAUCAGAAAGACAACAAGAAAGGAAACCAGCAGAAACAUCUCAAAAAAGAAUACAAGAUCCCGAACAUGGAAUUCAAGCACAGGCUAAAAAGAAGUUUUCAACAUUGUUUUUAGAAACUAUAAACCGAAAAAGUGAAUGCAGUUCCAUUGUUAGGCAUUUGGCAACUGCUGCACCUCAUUUGUCACCUCCAAAUGAUAUAAAGUUGAUAGAGGAUGAAUUUGUAAUUGAUGAAUCGGAUAGAAGUUUUGCCAUUCAAUCUUGGAUUACAAUACCAAGAAAAGCUGGGUCUGUGAAACAAGGCACAGUAUCCCCUGCUGAGAGCACUGCACUCCUUCAAGGUAAAGAGUCAAGAGAAAAACAUUCCCGUGUAUCACCUAAGACUUUGGCAAGUGACGAAGCUUCCUGUAAAGCUCAACCACUAGAGAAAUCUCAGCCCUCUGGUCAAGAAAGACUGGGUACAAGUUGUAUGGAAAAUGAUUCUAGAGCUACAAAACGUGAAAUAUAUUCUCAAGGUACAAAAUCGUCUGGAAGCAAAAAAGCUAUAAAACAGAAACAGACAAGAAAACUUAAGGUCAAUAUAGUCAAAGAACAGCUUGAUAUGGAACAAUCUAAUGAUGAAAAUUUAAAUACAUCACAUAUUGCUCAAAACAAGUUUCAAAGAAAUUCACUUAAAAGUAUGGAAGAGUGUGAAAAGAUGAGAAAUGAUCAUACUUCCAAAAAACAGAUGUCACUUGUGGAAAGCAAAAAAAGUAGCAGCAGAAAAGGUAAGGAAGAAUCUAAAAAGAAGCGUUUUUCCACUGAGUCCAAGAACAAAGUUGUACCUGAAGAAGUGACCUUAACUGUCACAAGAAGUCGAAGAAUUUCCAGGUGUCCGUCUGAUUGGUGGGUGGUGAAGUCAGAGCAGCGUCCUAUCAAUAGCAAUUCUUUAAUAAGAAAUGAUUUAUCAGCGCAUCGAAACAACAGGCAGAAACCUACAAAGAAUAAAAAUCAGUCAUCUAAGAAUAUUGGAGAAAAACCUGUUCCAUUUAAAAGGAAGAAUACAGCAACUCAAGGCAGCUUAAGAAUACAGAAGUUUUCAAAUGCUGAAAGUUCUGAAGAUACUGGCCAUGAUAAAAUUUCCAGUUGUUCCCAGAGUGAGCCAUUGGAGAAAGACAAAGCAAACCUAGCUAAGAAGAAAGACCUUGAUAAUCAUUUUGGAUGUACAGGAAGCUCAAAGGAUCAGGAUGGUAUUAUGAGUGCACACAAUUUUCAUCUAAAGACUAAGACCAAUAGCUAUACACGCACUACACCAGCAGAUUCUAACUUGGAUUCUGAAGAACCUAAUGCUUCAGUUUUGGAGGAAAGUGGGCCUUCUGGGCGCAAGAAUUAUUUAAUGUCUAGACAGAAUAAUUCUGAUGUGAAUGAUGAGAAAGUUCAGGAAAGUUCAGAUGACUCAAGACUAAAAAGAUUUAAAGUGACACCAAACAACAAAGUACAUCAUAAAUUAGUGUUGCCCUCCAACACACCAAAUGUUCGCAGGACCAAGAGAAUACGUCUGAAACCUCUGGAAUACUGGCGAGGGGAGCGAAUAGAUUAUCAAGGAAGGCCAUCGGGAGGAUUUGUGAUUGGUGGAAUAUUAUCUCCAGACACAAUGUCAUCUAAAAGGAAGACAAAGAGAAACAUGGAAAAAGUCAACAAAAUAGCUAAUCAGAAAAGGAUCUGUCUUGAUAAUGAAGAGAGAAGGAGUAGAUUAAUGGUAAAUCUGGAUAUACCUCUCGGAGAUCCUUUGCAGCCAACAAGGGUAAAGGACCCCCAAACGAGAGAGAUUAUUCUCAUGGAUCUUGUGCGGCCACGAGAUACGUGUCAAUUUUUUGUUAAGCAUGGUGAGUUGGAAGUAUAUAAAACAUUGGAUACACCCUUUUUUUCUACUGGGAAAUUAGUAAUAGGACCACAUCAAGAAAAGGGAAAGCAGCAUGUUGGCUCAGAUAUAUUGAUAUUUUAUGUUAACUUUGGUUACCUUUUGUGUACCUUACACGAAACAUCUUACAUAAUAACUACUGGGGAUUCUUUCUAUAUUCCUUCAGGUAAUUAUUACAACAUCAAAAAUCUCUUGAAUGAAGAAAGUACUCUUCUUUUCACUCAGAUAAAAAGAUGAAAGAUGAAGCAAGUUUGAAUACAUACAGCAGUUUGUAUAUUUGGGAGGGGCACUUAUCAUUGUAAUUAAUUCUGAUGUCUUAAAAUAAAAAUGUUAUUUAGUUUUGUGUAAACUUGUACUUGAUUAAUAUUUGAAACUCCACAUGUAUCUUAAUAGUUUUUCCAUGACUAUACACAUGGUCUGUAGUGAUGCCCAUAUUAUGACAUUAUUUUAAUAAUAUAAAAAAUUUAAAAAUGAAAUACAGA